GAGGAGUGAGCAUGCGCAAUGAGUUUCCCUUCACUUCCUCUGGCGGCCGCUCCUGUUUCCGGCCCCCCACUUCCCUGGUAACAAUGGAGCAGAAAAUGGCCGCCUGAGAGGGGGAGGGAAGGAGACGCUGCUGCCGCUCGGGGAGGGACGGAGUAGGGCGAGCCAGGGCCGAGCCCGCUGAGCACCGGGGCCAGCGACGGACCGAGACCCGGGGGGGAGGAGGGAGCCUGGCGGCGCCGGACACCAAUUGGUAUUUCUUGGCUGAUCUGAAGUGUUGAUGUUUAACUCUUUCCUUCAGUGAGGACUGCAAAGCUGAGCAGCUUCAUUGCUAAAAAGUCAAGUGGCAACACUUGAUUAGAUCUGCACUCACUACAUCUUAGAGACAUGAGCUCCUCCAGACAUUUCUGCUCUCCCUCGCCAGUUCUGUGCUGACAGAAGAAGGGAAAUUUCAGGUUGUGUUACGCAGAUACUUUCCCACUCUUUCAUCAACAUGGAAAGCUCAGAUUCUAACGAUAAAGGAAGUAUUGAUCACUCAGAAGCACAGCGCCGGAGUCAGCUGGAUCGAUUAGAACGUGAAGAAGCUUUCUAUCACUUUGUAAAUAACUUGAAUGAAGAGGACUAUAGGCUUAUGAGGGAUAACAAUUUGCUAGGAACACCAGGUGAAAUUACUGAAGAAGAAUUGAUGAGAAGGCUACAUCAAGUUAAAGAAGGUCCACCACAGCAAAAUGGUGAUGAGAACAGAGGUGCAGAAUCCACAGAAGAUGUUUCUAAUAGAGAUUCCAUAAUAGACUGGCUUAAUUCAGUACGACAGACUGGAAAUACCACACGGAGUGGGCAAAGAGGAAACCAGUCUUGGAGGGCAGUGAGCCGGACUAACCCUAACAGUGGUGAUUUCAGAUUCAGUUUGGAAAUAAAUGUCAACCGUAAUAAUGGGAACCCAAACCCAGAAGCUGAAAAUGAGCAAUCUGUAGAGCCCUCUAAUGGUGAGGAUUUGGAAAAUAGCCAAAGUGACACUGAGACUCCAAGAUCUGAAUCGCCAUCUGUAAGGCAGCCUGGCUCAGACAGAAGUACCUCUGAGGAGUUAGCAACUGAGGAAGCAUCUCCUCUCAGAGGCCAGAGAAGAGCAAGAAGCAGGAGCCCAGAACAACGAAGAACCCGGGCUAGGACUGAUAGAAGUAGGUCACCUAUUAAUCCAGCAAGUGAGACUCCUCGCAGGUCUCCUCAUAAUAUGCCAUCUCAGACACUUGAUCAUUCCCUCGUAAACGAAUCUGAGGGAAGUUCUAGAACUAGACAGCAUGUGACGUUAAGGCAACAUACGACGGGGACUGAGAUUACAAGUGAAAAUGCAGUUCUGUUUUCAACCCCUGAAACAAGACCUGCUCCUCCAGCAUUAGGUUCUUCAGAAACAAAUGGCAGCAGUGAGUCUGCAGCUCCUGGACAGAGACCACCUACUAUAGUUCUUGAUCUUCAAGUGAGAAGAGUCCGUCCAGGAGAAUAUCGGCAGAGAGACAGCAUAGCCAACCGAACCCGAUCCAGGUCCCAGACACCAAACAAUACAGUCACUUAUGAAAGUGAACGUGGAGGGCUUAGGCGUACAUUUUCACGUUCAGAACGGGCUGGAGUGAGAACUUAUGUCAGUACCAUUAGGAUUCCUAUUCGUAGAAUCAUAAACACGGGCUUUAAUGAGACAACAUCGGUUGCAAUUCAGACCAUUCUAAGGCAGAUAAUGACAGGUUUUGGAGAAUUAAACUAUUAUAUGUACAGUGAUGGUGAUGCAGAUCCUAAUGGCCCAGCCCCAAACCAAAAUGUAGAUGCUCCUGAGCUACAGAAUGGAGGUGAUAGUGGUAGUACUAGUUCACGCAAUGAAAGUACUGAAGGUAGCUCAGGGGAGGUAUAUGAAAAUAGUAAUGAAGGAGGUUCAACAUCUGCUAGGCGGGAAGGUCGGAAUACUAGGGGAUCAGUCACUUUUGAAGAAAGUGGCUCUUUACCAUUCCUUAGCCUAGCACAGUUUUUUCUACUAAAUGAGGAUGAUGAUGACCAGCCAAGAGGACUCACCAAAGAACAAAUUGACAACCUAGCAUGGAGGAAUUUUGGUGAAAGCGAUGCUCUGAAAACCUGUAGUGUCUGUAUUACAGAAUACACAGAGGGCAACAAGCUUCGUAAACUGCCUUGUUCCCAUGAGUACCAUGUCCACUGCAUUGAUCGCUGGUUAUCAGAAAAUUCCACUUGUCCUAUUUGUCGUAGAGCAGUCUUAGCGUCUGGUAACAGAGAAAGUGUUGUCUAAAUGAGAGCUGAAUUUGUGGCUGAACAGCUGGUGUAAUAGUGAUGGGCAACAAGAUCACUUUCAUUAUGACCACCUUUUGAGUGGUGCUUCAAUGUAAAGUAAUGAGUCUGGCUGCUUCGUCCCUCAUGGAAACAUUUUCUCAGAAUUAAAGCUUUUAAAAUGGGAAUCUCUUUAAAUUACAGUCUCCAAAUCUAUUCAGUUUCAGUGUCUCGAAUUUCAGACAAUUUUAUUUCCCCAAAGAUACCUAUUUGCUAUAAAUUUCUCAUUUUUUUUUAUCAUCAAGACUGUUAAGCUCCUUCCCCAUCCCCUCCCCAAUGCAUUGUGAAUCUUAAAGACCUCAGCACUCAACUCAUCCCUGUAAGGAAUUUAUCUGAGAAGUCAUCCUAGCUACAGCACAUGCUUCAUAGUGGAUUUUUAAAAGCAAACCCAGCUAUCCCACUGAAUAUGAAAUUAAUGCAACUGCACCCUUAAAUAUAAUUUUGGUUAAUUUUCAUAUUGGGUAUUCUUGGACACAUGAGUGCAGAUAACACUAAUGUUAGCCCUUUUCCCAUUGUACAGCUGUCUCCAGCCCAUCACUAUGGCACUCUGUAGAGCGAGCUGAUAGCUUAAUCGGGAUAUUUAUCUUGUGGAAAUAUAAGAAUUGCCUAUGCUUGUUUAAAUAAAAAAUCACAAUUUUUGUUUUACAAUUGUAAAGCUUUUUUGUAGAAGCUCAGUACUUUUCCAGUGCACUGUUGUACUAAUGCAUUAAGAAUUAAAAUUGUACCAUGCUUAGAAAUGAAGAGAAUGCUUUUCAUAUAAGACCCACCACACACAGAGCAAACUAAAUACAAGCGAGCUGCUUUUGUAAAUGUUAUUGUCAAGAGCAGUGCAUAUCUGUACUAUUUAAUUUAUGUGAACAGCUACUGUAACAUAAAACAGUUAAGAAUUAGACCUCUUAAUUUCAUUAAAACUGAUGGAAAUGGAAUGUUAUCAUUGCAAUGACUUGGCUCAGUAAUGCCACCAAAAAAGGUGAUAUAAAAAAAAGAAAUAGAAACCUGCUCUGAAGACUGGUUUUUUCUUUGUAUGGUUACUGAUGUGUAAUGAUACAAACUUGUAUGUACCAGUUUCAUUCAGUGAGGAUUUUGCCCAAUUUUGUAUUAAGGAUUUUGUAUUAAGCUGUAUUUUAAUCACUGAGGGAGCUGUAUGUAACUUUCAGCAGACAAAUGUUGGCAAAUUAAUUUUCUCCUCCCACCCUAACGACCUCGUAAUCUCUGGAGCUUUGUUAAUGAUUUAACAUGCUGGCCUCCAAAAAUCAAUGGCAGUUGCAUGUGACCUAAGUAUCCAUGGUAGAGAAAUUAACGUUUAGGUGUAACUGAGAAAUAAUCUUCUAACAGAAGUUUCUCAAAUGAAUUGCCAAUCUUAAAUUAUUGGUUACUGGAGUACAUUUAAAAAAUGAAAUUUCAAGUUGUUUGAAUUUGCAACUUACUUUCCUUAAAGUAAAAUAUUAGGCAUGUUUCUUUAUUGUUAAAGACUGUCUAAAUUCCACUUGGGUUUUGUAUUAAAAGUUAGUGUGGGCUUAUCACAAUUCAAAUCUUAUAAAUGCAUUUACACAAUUUUAAGUCUGCUUUGGAAAUGUUCAUACCUCAGCUGUCUUUACAUGGUGGGAAACCUCUUCCCCAUUCCCAAGAAACCUUUACUCUUUAGUAGCUUUGCCAAUGCUACAUGCUUCUCAAGGAAAGCAAUGUUCUAUUUCAAGUAAAAAAAAAAUAUAUAUAGUAGUUGUUAACUAGGGAUAUGAACUGCUCUUGCUGGCUAGAUCCAAAAUGUUGCUCGAUACUCAGAUGACAAAACCAAACCUGACCUAUAUAUAUAUUUUUUUUUUUACAUUAACUAAUCUUCAGUGUUUGAGUGGUGGUUACAUAGAAUGUCAUCCUAGCUGCUAAGUCAUUAUAAUUGAACUACUCACCAGUCAGUUCAGGAUUCCAGGGUGUUCUGGAGCCCUCCCGUUUUUCUAACAGUGCAUUUUCAUGUCGUUCUCAGUUCAAUGGGGAAUCCUGACUGGCUUGUGAGCUCACUUCCCUUGUGGUGGAAUGCUCCAUCAUUAGUAAGGGUGUUCCUUAUCGUAUGUUUUUAAAACCUUUAUAAACAAAUACAUGCUCUCAAAUGUUCUCUCUCUGAGAUGUGUUCAUCUAUAAAAUUGGAGGUUAGAUAUUAAUGUUACUGGUUGGACUUUGAUUCAUGAAUGUAGCUAAUGAAUCUUAAGCCAAAACUACUUCUCAAACAUUGGACACCCUGAUUUUUGAAUCUUUUCUGUAGUGUGCACAUAAGUGUAUGCAAUCACUCGCAUUUUUCAGUAACACUCUUUGCUGACUCGGACUGUAGAAUUAAAAUUGAAAUAUUUUAUAGUGGUAUUUGCUACUGAUUUCUAAAUACACUUUUAGCUUUUUAAAAUCAGAUGUCUUAUGAGGACUAAGGACAGAAAUGAGAAUAAUAUGAGCCCAUUAGCAACAAGCGAUACACAGUGGAGGAAGACUGUAAUACCUCAUUAAGCAGUUACUCUUUUUUUUAAUUAAGAUUGUUCUUGGUUUCCAAGAACUAUACAGUUCAACCAUCUUGUAGUUUUAUUAUGAUUGCCUAAAAGUGGUAUGCCUUAAUGUUUUAACUUCAUGUAAUUGUAACAAUGGUUAAAGUGUCUGAGGUUCCCAAAAAGGUACCAGAAACCAGUGUUCAUCUCAAUUAAGAAUCCUUUGAAUGUUUCGAAUGUUUUAAUUAUUUAUAAUGAAAUUCCUUUUUAAACUCUUACUAUACCAGUAGCAAUGGGGUUUGUUUCUUUUGACUUCAAACAAUUGACAAGAGAGAUAUUGCUGUUAGUGAGGAACUCUUACGUAGAUGAGGCAUUUACCAACGUCCACAACAGUUCUGGAAAUGAGCAAUGGUAUAACUGAGCUCUGAGCUACACCCAGUAACUCAAUGGCGUUUAUGAAUACUUUCCUAUUAUGAAUUGUGCAAAACAAAUCUGGAAAAUUAUUGGCCUGAUCCAGCAGCAGGAAUUCUCAUCUGAGUAAGGGUUGCUGGAUCAGGCCCUAUUAUUAUAAGAUAAUUUAGUUAAUUCCUGUAUAGUACAAGAAAUUUAUGGGCAUCAUUCUUUCCUUUAAAUUAAAGUUAUAUUAAGCUUUAAAAGCCAAUAUUAAUACUUCAAUUUUAAAUUAAAUUGCAAGCAUUAUAGGUAAAGUAUAAAAGUGUCUCUAGUGAGGUGCUCACAAUUAGCUAAAGUUAGUCUCUCUUGAAUCAACUUAUUUAAAAAUAUAUGAAUCCUUUUGGUGCCAAGCAUUCUUAACAUAUUUGCACCUAUAGCUUUCUUAAGCUUAAACCUAUUUUUUCAGCAUUGGAAUUGUAGAUGGAUGUGCACUGUUUUUACAGGCACUUUACUGGAUGCCCAUGGCCACUGAGAGGGUUAAAACACAGCUGUUACCUUUUUUUUUGGGGGGGGGGGGAGGGUUAAUGCCCACGUGUACAUAGAUGAAUAAAUUUAAAUGAUUCUGGUAGCCGCCUUAUACAUUGCUGCUCUCCUCGUCUUAGUUUAUGGUGCCAUCUUGAGGAAGCUUUUUUUACCCUCCUUCAAAGUUGGGGAAAUACACAUCUUUGACUCCAUUAUUUAUUAAAACAUUAAUUUCUUUGCUGUUUAAGUUGGUUUUGUGUUUGAAGGAGCUCUCCUGCUAGAGCUUGUAUAAGGAAAGCUGAUGUUAAAAAACAAAACAAAACAAAAAACACACACACACACUCUUGCACAUUGUGGACAGCCAUCCUCCUGGUGUUUGGGAUUACCCCUAGGUAUUUAAAACAUAGAAGAGUGCACAAUCUUUUGUUUUGUAAGAGUGCAGUAUAUAGUUCUAAUCAAACUGCAAAUUUGUAGACAUUUUUAAUGGGUUUUAUCCAUUAAGUGAAAGAACUGUGAAAAGUAGUGACUGAUUUUUACUGGGGUUCUUCUUUUACUUGCACUUUUGUAAAAAUAAACAGCUUUUUGCAAAUAGUAUUUUGCAGGCAGUUAGUUCAUUUAUGUUAACUGAUCCUUGUUUGGAAAAUAGUGUUAUUUGACAGGGUAGUUGCUGCACUGCAUGCAUAGAAACUACUCGUUAAAAGUUUCUUAAGGACUUUCCAUAGGAAGUAUUAGUGUGCAUGCAUAGCAGCUGCACUAACAUGAUACUGUACCAAUUUUGAAGAAGCCAUGAUUGGCCAUUGUGCCAACUUGCAGAUUAAUGUGUUUUCAACUAAUGUUGACACACUGGACGGUAAUGACUGUCUGCUAUCCAUGGAUUAUGCGAAUAUGUAGUGUCCAAAGGACCAUUUCACCAAUAUAAUUUCAGUAAGAAAUGUAUCUUAAAAUACUUGCCUACACUUUGAGGAAAUUCAUGAUCUGAGAUGCGUUAUAGUAACUAGGGUCUAAUUUUAAGAUGAGAAAAGAAAUUUAGUUAAAGCUGACCAUUGGUUUCCAUUUUGUACCAGUGUGCCUAGGUAUUCCAUGGGUCUUCCAACAGUGUGUGUUCCUAAUCAGCGCACAUUUUGCAAUAUCAAGGUUCAGCUGGCUGGGUUUAGCUGUUUAGCUGCGGCCUUAACUUUUCUUGGCAUUGUUAAGUUGAGACCCUUACUAUAACUGUAAUGUGGUGUUCUGUGCAAGAAUCUGGUGUUUCCGUUCAUCCUCAGUACAACUGGGGAUUUAAGUGACUUGAUUAGGGAUACGUGAUCAGAUCUUGAGUUGAUUAGGUACACAGUUGUAAUGGAAAUGCCUGUGCCAGGUUAUCUGGCUUCUCCCAGGAGGUGUUAACUUGGAGCCACGUUAAGGGAAUUGAGCAACACAGUUAGAAAUAUUUGAAAUUUUCACUUGCAAGAGGCUUUAUUUUUGUUUGGCUUGCAUUGCUGAGGGGAAGGAGACAGAAGCAAAUCUAAUGGUAAUGUAAUUUACUCAAAGCACAUUAAAUUAUGUUGUGUACAAAUUAGUUUGAUUCUGUUAUACCAGGGCUUCCCAACCUCUUUUGCACCGAGAUUUCCUUUUUCUUAUGGGCGAAUCCAUUAUUGAACCUUAUUUGGUUCCAUUAUCUGGUUUUUGUCACUUAAAUUAAAAUCCCAAGAGCCCUUCCCUAUAUUUGUUAGGCUGUUGGCUGGGAAGCCCUGUAUUAAACUGAGAAUGUAACAAUUUUCCUUUUUGUACAGUGCUUUACAUUGUUUAUAUUGGACUUUAGUACAAAAUGGUACUCUAAAAGGUCAUCAAACAGUUUGAUCAUAUUUGAUAGCUAACAUUUAGGAGGAGUUUGUUUCCUAUGUAAGAUGUCAUAAUGCAAAUUUAAAUAGACUCAAUAAAAUGCAUGAAGUGAUAA